AUGAUCUUUAGAAACCUAUCUUUGGCUUUUGCUUCGAGUCUUGUUGCCACGGGAGCGUGGUAUGCCUACACUGGAGGGUCUGAACCCAGCGCUGUAUCUGGAACCAGCACAACGUUAUCCAGUCCUAUCCACACCGCGUCAAAUGCAGCAAUAACUUCGGCAUCAUCCUCAGGAGUCCAGGUGGAAAGUGACAAAUUCUAUACUACUGCUAGUGUUGAUCAACCAGUCUCGAAACGGACAGAUAACUCGGGAGAGCGAGUCGUGGGGAUGCUUACGCCUGAGCAAGCCACGGAACGACUUCGACGAAAUGAGGAAUCCUAUUUCAUCGGGCGUGGAUCCGGUGUUGUCCGUUACGAUGUAGUCCAGCUUCCUAGCAACGAUCCUAUUGAAGACGAUCAUGCCGAAAAGGUGGUAGAAGUACCGAACUCUGUUGCAGCAACUGACAAUGGGGCCCCAACAAGUGACUGGAACUUUUGGGGCGUCUUUGAUGGCCAUGCUGGAUGGACCACAUCUGCGAAACUCAGACAGACUCUGAUUUCCUAUGUUGCUCGCGAGCUUAAUGCCACUUAUAAGUCGGCUGCUACCAACCCAUCUUUCCCCUUCCCAAGCCCAGAAGCGAUUGAUGCCGCUAUAAAGACCGGAUUCCUGCGACUUGAUCAUGAAAUUGUGAUCGAAAGCGUGGAAAAAGUUGUCAAGGCUAACUCUAAAACUGUUGCUGCCGAACUUCUUGCUCCGGCUCUGUCUGGGUCAUGCGCUCUUCUUGCAUUCUAUGACAGCAGGUCAAAGUUGGUACGCGUUGCUUGUACUGGUGACUCUCGGGCUGUUCUAGGACGUCGGUCGCCAAGCGGUAAAUGGUCAGCCAUACCACUGUCUGAAGACCAAACUGGGGGCACGGAAUCUGAAGCCAAACGUUUGCGCGCCGAACACCCCGGGGAGGACAACGUUGUCCGGAAUGGGAGAAUUCUCGGAGGUCUCGAACCUAGUCGAGCUUUCGGUGAUGCCGCAUAUAAAUGGCAGCGUAAAACACAAGAGAAAAUUAAACGGCACUUCUUCGGACGGACUCCUAACCAGCUCUUGAAAUCGCCGCCUUAUGUUACUGCGGAGCCAAUUAUCACAACUACCAAAAUUGACCCUUCUAAAGGUGAUUUUUUGGUACUGGCUACAGAUGGCUUGUGGGAAAUGCUAAGUAAUGAAGAAGUUGUUGGCCUGGUUGGGCAGUGGAUUGAACAUCAAAAGUCCGGUGGAAAGGAUGGUAUGGGAAACUGGAUGAAGAGCUGGUUCAGCAGUAACGGAUCUUUGCCUGUCGAGAUGGACUCGAAGGAAAAGCAAUCCGGGCAGAGAUUACCCAUCCGUCAAGUUCAAUAUGAGAUUCCCCAGGAUACCAACCGUUUCGUAGUAGAAGACAAGAACGCAGCAACUCACUUGAUUCGAAAUGCUCUAGGGGGCAAGAAUAGGGAACUUGUUUGCGCUCUUCUUACCCUUCCCAGCCCCUACGCGCGAAGAUACCGCGAUGACCUAACAGUCGAAGUGAUCUUCUUCGGUGAAGGUGAAAACAACGGCUCAGUCAGCGUGAACCAGGACGCUAGUGCUUCAAUACACAAGAUACCCCCCAGGCUAUAA